UUGAACCGCCACAACCGAAAGAUAUUGAGAAGAGGAAAAUAGAAAUGGCCGUAACGAAGGUGGAGCAGCAGCAGCUAGAGAAGCGAAAUAAAGAGCUAGAAAGAGCUCUAAACGAAAGCAAGGAGAGGGAAGAACAAAUGAGAGAAGAGCUACGGAAGGCUUGGGAGAGGCUGAGAGUGGCGGAGGAAGCGGAGGAAAGGCUCUGCUCACAGCUGGGUGAGCUUGAGGCUGAGGCUGUCAAUCAGGCGCGUGCAGACAACGAACGGAUCCUCUCUCUCGUGGAUCAGCUCUCUCAGGCUCUCAAUCUUCUCCAGAAGCAAUAGUAUAGCGAUUUCCAGAUUUUUAUGGAUAUUCGGAAAGAUAGCUAUUGCAUCAUGCCUGUAUAAUUUGGAUUUCUGUUGUGUAGAUUUCAUGAUUUUUCAUCUGUAAAUUUCAAAAGGCUGAGAUUUCCUUCUGGAAAUCUGAUUGUCAUCCAGAUUAAUCAAAUUAUGCUUUUCCUGAUUUA